AAUAAACGCGUGACUGGUCGUCAGAGGUGGGACACACCAAUGAUGCAAGCCUUUCCAUCCCAUUCAGCUGAGCUUGCUCAGGAAGAUAUAUCAGCGACUUUGAACUCGAAACGCAGUGAUCGAUCACUUGGGAGAUAGGACAAUAUAAAUACGACCUCACCCUUUCCUCUGCACUUCCAGAGCUAAAACAACACAGUCUAUUCAGAUUGAGUGAGAGAGAGAGAGAGAGAUGAUGAUGAGCAGCGGCCGCAUCACACUUCCUAAGGGUUUCCGAUUCCGGCCCUCCGAUGAGGAGCUGCUGAGUCAUUACUUGAAGAAGAAGAAUCAGCGCAAGGAUCCCGAAGUGGAGGCCAUCAUCCCUGAAAUCAAUGUGUGCGAGCACGAGCCUCGCGACUUACCAGCCCUGGUGUUCACAAGGGCGGUAUUUCUGGACAGGGAGUGGUUCACCAUGGCGGACUCUCCGGACAUGGAAUGGUACUUCUUCAGUCCGCGAGUUUUUAAACACAGCAAAAGCAAAAGCACUCGGUCCAACAGGACCACGGAGGAUGGCUACUGGAAGAAGCAAGGCAAGGACCGCAGAAUCAUGACUCAGGCACGUUCUGAUAAGCAGAUCGGGGGGAAGAGGAUCUUGACCUUCUACCAAACUGAUGGAGUGCAGAGAAAACAGAAGACUGACUGGGUUAUUCAUGAGUAUUAUCUCACUAAGGCCGAUUCUAAUGAGCAGAUCGGGGACUUUGUUCUCUGCCGCUUGAAGAAAAAGUCCGACAAGUCUGAUCAUGAUGAGCAGGAAGGUCCAUUCUACGGUGGAGGUGGCUACAGUAUGGCCUUCAUUAAUGUUGAAAAUCAAGCAUCCAAAGAGCUGGGAAAUGUUCUUUCGAUUUCUGUUGAAGGUCAACCUGAUAGCUGCAAUUCAUCUGAUUCCAAUAUGGUUGAAGAGCUACUUGAUGAGCCAGGAAAUCAACCUCCGCCACCUCAACUACAGUCACCAAUAAAGCUGGGUAAUGUUUCACACAAGACCAAUGUCCAUAUUGAUGAAUGUCGUAAGAGGAAAUAUCAAUUUGCGGAUAAUGACUCUUCUCCUACUAAAAAUAAUCAUAUUUCAACCAAUGAUGUUGAUGAACUAGUUAGCAACACUUCAUCUUAUUCUGAAAGUCAUGCUGCAGAUGCUAUUCCAAAGGAGUAUUCUCAACCAGGAGAAAAUUUGGGAUCUGAUUUAUUUCAGUCACUGGAACCACUAUCAGUAAACAGAGAACCGAGAGAUUUUUCCCAUCACAAUAAUUUUAUUGGAUGGGAUGAUUUGCCAUAUUUAAUUGAAGGUAUUGACUCUUCUCUCGAAAAGUUCUCAGAUACAAAUAUUGAUGGAGGUAGCAGUGACAGAAACACCAAAGUCAUCUAUGGAUCGGUAAACAAUUAUUUUACAUUUAGUGGCGGAUCCACCAAACAAAAAUGGGGUGGGCUAAUCUAAGAAUGCUUAUAAGUUUUUUUUUUCUUUUUUUUUUGUCAAUAAUGUUUCUAAAAAUUUUAAGACACUAAGAAUUAAAGAUGAAAUUGUCAAAUCUAUACUAUUAUUAAGAGAAGAGACUUUGUUAGCUAAAAUUGAACAAUUGUACCAAAAUAACCUUGAAAUAUUAAUAAACCUUCAUACUCAUAAAACAUAUAUUAUCCAUUACAAGAGAAAUAGAAAAAUAAGAAAAGAAAAAAAAAAAGGGAAAUAGAUAAAUACGUGGGAGAACUACCAACCCCAUGAAUAACUAUCAACUUAAUCCAUCUGCAGAGAACUUUCUUCUUUUUUUUUUUCUUUUUUUUAUACAACGAAAGUUUUUCUUACACAUGCAGAGCAUGUGAUCGCAGACUAGUAUUCUAUAAAGAAACACUUGUAGAAAAUUUACAAAACAAUGAAAGAAAAUAGUAACCAAGAAGAAGGAAGGGAGAAAAAAAAUAGGGGAAAGAGCAUUAGAAACAAGAGAAGAAAUUAUUGUAAGUAGAGAAAAAAUGGAGAAGAAAAUAGGUGAAAAAAAAAAGGAAAAGAGGCAGAAAACACAAAAAAAAAAAAAAAAAAAAAGGGGCAAGUGGGGGCAAUAGAAACAAGAGAAGAAAAUAUUGCAAGUAAAGAAGAAAUGGGUGCAAAAACAAAAAAAGAGGCAGAAAGAGAAAACAAAAACAAAUAGUCAAGUGGGGGCUUGAACUCAUCAUAGAGAGGUUAAGAAUAACUUAGCCAACUUAAGUAACUGUGGUUUUAAGUUACCCACAGUAUGCUAUAUAAAAACAAACAAAUAAUUUUGGGUUUGGGCUAUAGCUGAAGCAGCCUACAACGUGGUUCCGCCACUACUAUAUUAGUUAUUGGAGCAACACUCCAAUAUAGCUAAUCAACCUAUAUUUAUAGGAGAACAUCAAAAAUGGGGUCGGUAAUAAUGUGUCUCAAACUAGCAUUAUUACCGUUGGUGAUAUUCUCCUACAAGUAGUUCAAAGAUCUCCAAGUUAUAUGAAAUGCUCUGUUGAUUGGCAACAAUCACAGGUUUUCUGCAUUUCUUGAACUGGAGACUUCUUAGAGCAAGUCCACUGAGGGCAGUUUGGCCCCGUUGUCACAAGCACUACGCCGAUUUCUGGCCCUAGGGCGUGACCCCAAGGGUUUACAACAUAUUUGCUCAUGGGGAGAUGGGACGAGCACUGGGUUGAUUGCUGACCAAGUUUUACCAAAGGGUGGGAAACCUGGUCUCUUUGAGACCUGGGACAAGCAUUGCGUCCAUUUCUAGCCCUGGGGCGGCGUGACCCCAACUCCCCAAGGGUUUACAACAGAAUACAACAUAUUUACUCAUGGGGAGAGUCAAGCCCUUACAAUAGAUGACGGAAGUCAUCUCAACCAACUGAACUACUUUGGUAGUUUGCUAUGUUACGUCAUUCGUGUUUGUGUGUGUGUGCAGAUGACGGAAGUAAUCUCAACCAAUUGAACUACUUUGGUAGUUUGCUAUGUUACAUCAUUUGUGUGUUGCAAAGUUAUUUAUUUUAAAGAAAAAUAACAUAUCCUAAGAACAAUUUUAAAGAAAAAGAACAUCUCCUAAUAACAAUUUUAAUAAACUCCCAACUCAUAUGAAAUUCACAGCUGUCUUGAUUGGCAUACAAUUGCAGCUUUUCUGUAUUUCUUGCGCCGGAGGCUUUGUUAACUUCUUAAUCGUUUUGGCAUUCAAUAACUACUCAGGGCAGCUGCCACUAGUCUGUACCUGGUUUUCUUUUCUUUUCUUCGUUUUUUUUUUUUUUUGGUUGUUGUUAGUGUGUGGGGGGUCAGCAUUGCUGGUGUCACAGCAUCCCCAGUGAACUUUUGGUUUAAAGAGAGACCGGCGAAUGCAUAUGGUUCAAAUUCCAUCCGGAAGUCUACCCUUCUCUGAAUGUCACUAGUCCAGACAAAUAAAGAUGUCUUCUCUCCUAAGCAGUUCCUUCAAGGUGGAGCUUUCUCUGUCAACAUUACUGCCCAUAUUCAUUCCUCAGAUCGUCUUGUCAAUAUAAGUACAAUAUUCCAUCUGAUCAAACAUUGUGUCAACCAAAGUACCGAUAUUUGUUCCUCAUAUCCAUAGUUUUCAAAUGUCCUAAAAUCAAAGGACAUAUACAUUCAUUUCUUCAUAUCCCUAAUAGUGAAUCCCCAGGAUCACCAAUAGUCGUUCCUCAAACAAAUAGUCUGCAAUUGGUAUGCACUUAAGAUCAAAAGGCAUAUGCAAAACAUCAAUAUUAUCCAAAAUCCAGUCAUGGGGUCAAACAUGGGAGGUGCUCCUAGAAGAACCCAACUGCAGAGCAGCAUCACAAGCCAAGGUCAGUGAAGCUGCAGAGGCAUAAUAUUGCUGUUCAUCUGCCCCAGAAGAAACUGAAAGUCCUGGAAGCAGACAACAGUUCGAAGCUGGCAACAAUUUAAAGAACUCUUUUGUUUUCUAGAAUGCAUCUCCUAUCAAUCCAUAAAGCAUAUCUUUUGGACCAAAGUCAUAAUUCUAGCCUGAAAGGCCACUAUGGGCAACACAACUGUUGCAUAGUCAGUAAUCUGGAAGCGGCCGGCUUUAUAUAGAACCUGCUGCUACAUGGUUGCUGGAGUCUCAAAGACAUAUUAGUAAUAAUCAGACUGUCUGGUUAGAACCGUUUUCAAGAUGUAUGAAUACAAUUAAAGGUCAUAGAGAGGCCUUCAGAAUAAGUCUGAACACCCCAUGCCUAAAACCAAAUAUUGCAUGUAUCGCUCUUGUUUGUAUUACCCUAAUAUUCUUGU